AUGCCGCCGAGGAGAGAGAUUCGGAUUCCAUCGGUGAGAAGGCUAGCCGAUGAGGCAGAAACGUCGGGGAACCGGGGGCAUCCGUCAUCUGGUACAACAGGUCACGUCAAUCGCUGCAACUCUGGAAACGCUCCUAGGUCAAGCGACUUAACCGCUGGACCGUCGAGCAGAUCGUCAAGAUCCAUAAACAGGUCGCCUGUUGCAGGAGAUGGAUUCGUUCCUCUCAAUAUCUUUGAGGAGGACAUCAGUUCCAUUCUUGACUUUAACGGGCGAAUUGGAGGGGAUCCAACAAGGAGUGAUGAAGCCACGGUGAGAGCAACGCUGAAUGUAUGCGGUCAGGCAAAUAAGGGGGUGACGUACAUAAUCCCGCGUCCAAACCAGCGCCCAUGGAAUCUGCCUAAGGGGUACAUAUGCAUGUACGAGGCGUACUUUAGAGACUGUCACCUCUGCUUUCCGAUCUCGUCACUGCUGAGCUUGUAUGCUCAUCGCCGAAACUUGGCGAUCUGUCAGCUUACGCCAGCUGGGGUGUGUAACUUCACUGGCAUUCUGACGAUAGCUGCUGAAGUCGGAUGCCGUGUUGGAGUAUGUCUUUUUAAGGUUAUGACUACCUUGAAGCAAUCAAAGGUGGCCGGAACAUGGGUAGUGAACAUGGCCCCGAGACAUAAUAUUCUUCCAGGGAAGAAAACAACUCGUCCCGUAGCCUACGGACCCUUGACCGCAGAAAUUCAAGCUGUGAAAAACGCUCUUUUGAGGGGUCCAAAUCGCGAGUGGAAAUACUUAUCCCGACAGAGAGUAGAGAGAGCAAUGGAGCAAGGAAGAAGACUUUUUCCGAACAUCGCCGACGUCCUGCGCGAGUUCAGCCAGGAUUCGCAGGGUAACCAUGACGAGGUCAACAUCCCUGAUGAGACCGCGGCACCUGCCCUAGUCGAAGAAUCCGCUCUUGGCGAUGAGACGAGGGCUGCUGAGAUUGUUCCUGCAGGGGCGCAACAGGAGGGGAGGAAGAAGAAGAAGAAAGAUAAGGGGAAGGGAUUGCCUGCCUCAGAAGGCGAUCAGAGCCGUAAGAGGUCGGCGUCUGAUGCCGGUCUUGACUUCGUCGACCAGUCAGUCGAGCCUUUCCGAGCGGUUUGGAGGAACGAGAAGACUGACAAGUUCACCUUCGACUACUUCGGCGAAGGUCCUCUUUCAAUGAAUUCGCUGGCGUCGGCUCAUUUGUGCCGAAACAUCAAGAUUUCUUCCAAGCUAUGGGCCAAAACAUUUACCGAACGUUCGACCUUUACGCAGAUGGUCGCCAAUCCUAACACCAUGCUCUUCAAAUACCACGUUUGGGAUGAGAGUCAUGCAACGUCGGAGCAAGUUUUCGCUAAAAUGAAAAAUUGCUAUGAAGACGGUAGGGCGAAGAUUAAGGACUUGGCAGCGAAAGUAGCUUCCUUGGAGAAGGAUCUCGAAGUGGAGAAGAAAAAUGCGGCAGAUCUGAUGGUAGUGGCUGCGUCCGCUGAGGAGGAUAGGAAGAAGGCGCAGAGCGAUCUGGAUGACGUCUGUAACAAGCUUGCGUCCGAAACGAGACGGUUUCGGAAGGAUCGCUGGGAGAAGGUCGAGAGGACCAGGAUCAAGGCGCAAGGUCGUCUGGAUCGAGUCAGAGCCUAUCUGACCGAACAGGGGGAGAGAGCUCGCCCUCAUGAGGACAAAAUCAACCAAUCCAUUGGUAUUGAUGAGAUGGCUAAGGAUUUGGUGAAAGAGGGAAUUGUCAUUCCGGAGAAGAAGAUGGCGGAAAUUGCUGGCUUGAGUAGGUAUCUACAGGGACUUUACGACAAGAUGUCGUCCCUUAAAGCUUCGGAUCUCGAACUGCAGUGUCGUCGGAUCAGCUUGGCUAUGGCCUCCCGAAGGAUGACAAUCCGCCAGAAUCGGUUCGGGAUCCGCAUGGGUCGAAUGCCUCUCUUUUUCGGGCCGAUCUGUCUUCGGCAUAGGACGACCUAG